UGUCCCGCGCCAGCCACAGCCAGUAGUGUGUUGGCAGUGGUGCAAGUGAGGUGUGUAUGUGAUGGCCGCUGGGAUGCGUUGUGCGGCCUGCGUGGCGCUGGUCUACUGCUGGCUGACCGCGGUGUGUGCCUUCAACCUGGAGCCGCGGAUCCCUGUGGUGAAGGUUGGCUCUCCACGCUCACAUUUCGGGUACUCCGUGGCGCAACACAAAUCCUUCGGUGCGACUCCUAGAGGAAUACCAACGCAAAAGUCCUGGAUCUUGGUGGGGGCGCCGAAGGACCACAACCUCCAACCUGGGACAGACAGGUCAGGGGCGCUGUGGAAAUGUCCCCUCACCACCAACACCACAGACUGCUUGCAAGUCCACACCGACGGCUAUAGGGAUCCGGAAAAAAGGCUCUACAACUUUGACAAUAUCAACAACGAACUCUCGGAGCCAGCUGAGGACGAGAUCAAAGACGGACAAUGGCUCGGCGUCACUCUCAAGAGCCAGGGACCGGGUGGCAAAGUGCUGGUGUGUGCCCAUCGCUACAUCAACAAGGGACCGGACUUCCAGUGGGGAUUCGGUCUCUGCUACAUCCUGUCUGACAACCUUGAUAUCUUGGAGGAACUGGAGCCUUGCAAGGGGAAGCCUGUCAGCAGUGGCCAUCUACAGUAUGGGUUCUGCCAGGCGGGGACCAGCGGCAUCUUGCUGGAGGACGAGGUGGUGCUGGGUGUGCCGGGGCCCUUCACCUGGCGAGGCACUGUCCACACCUCCAACACAUCCGAUAACUACCUCAUUAGGGACAAGACACAGUACUUCGGCCCCGUCACAGAAGCUGACUCUCCUGUUGACAAAUACAGUUACCUAGGCUAUUCAGUAACUGCUGGACGCUUCUUUGGUAACUACAUGUCAUAUGUGAGCGGUGCCCCAAGAUCAAAGGAAACAGGCCAGGUUGUGUUCUUUGGGCGGGAGAAGACAGGAGUGAGUCUGCUACGUGUGGAUCUCAUCCUUAGCGGAGAAAUGUUUGCCUCCAGCUUUGGCUAUGAAGUCCUGGCUCUUGACAUCAAUGGUGACGAGCGCGAUGAUCUGGUGGUGGGUGCCCCCUUCUACUACAACAGCCGGGCCAGUGGUGCCAUUUAUGUCUACAUGAACAAUGAUGGAGGUUUCCAGGAAAACCAUCCAUUCACCAAGAUAGAAGGUGAACCUGGAGAAACCCGCUUUGGUUCCUCCAUGACAUCCCUAGGAGACCUCAACCGUGACGGCUACCUGGACAUUGCUGUGGGGGCACCGUACGAGGGCCAGGGAACCAUCCGCAUCUACCUUGGCGGUAAGGAUGGACUCUCCACCACACCAUCACAGAUCAUCCGUGCAGAGGACAUUCCCGGGGAGACAUACAACGCCUUUGGGUACAGCCUGAGCGGCAUGGACCUGGACAACAACGGUUACCCUGACCUCCUCACAUCAUCCUUCUGCAGCGACAGAGUUCUCCUCCUUAGAGCACGUCCUAUCAUUGACAUUGAAACUAAGGUGGACUCUAAAGGCCAGCUGGACAACAUCGACCCAACCAGGAAAGGCUGCCGGGAAGACCUCACCUCCUCUGAAACCUGCUUCUCGUUUGAUGCUUGCUUCAAGAUGGACAACGAUGCAGGCACCCGGACUGGCCUGAGGCUGCACUACACUAUUGAGGAACAGCCAUACCAGGACCGGCCGCUGCCCAGGGUCCGGUUUGCAGACAGCACACCCAAUGAGCCCAGCGAGGUGCACCGCAACAUUACCCUCAGGCCAGAAGACAUGGGCAGGUUCCGGUGCUCCAAGGAAAUUGUGUAUCUCUUGGAAGGAUCUCGUUACAUCCUGCGUGCCUUACGGUUCAAGCUGACAUAUGAGAUCAUUCAGAAGGAGCCAAGGCCGGUGCCUGAGGGAGGCCCCUUGCCCAACAUCAAUGAGUACCCCAUCCUCAACCAGAAGGGAGCACUCAGGAAAUUUGAAGGAACAUUUGCCAAGGACUGCGGCAACGACACCAUCUGCAACAGUGACCUGCAUGUGACAGGAAGCCUAGAGCUGGAGGAGGACACCAGCAGGGGUGUCUAUCUGCUGCGUCUUGGAGAGUAUGACACAGUGCCUCUCCUGCUGGAAGUGACCAACAGGAAGGAACCAGCCUACAUGACCACUCUUUAUGUCAGGCACAACGAGGCACUCUUCUUUGAUCCCACUGAUUCUGAGAUUGGGAUAUAUGAGUGCACCAAAAUAUCACCAGGAGUCAUCAAGUGUCACCUGGACAACCCCCUCGUCAACACCACUGGGCCGCUCAAACUGAACUUCAAAGAGUCCGGGCAAAUAUUUGAUUCCAAGUACAUUACUUUCACGGUGGAAGCAAACUCCUCCUCCACUGAACUGACGCCUCAAGAACCUCUGACCUUCAAGGUGGAGGUCAUCAAGAGAGCAGAAAUCUCCAUCAAUGGCGUUGCUACACCAGAGCAAGUGUUCUAUGGCGGUGAGGUUGUCGGGGAGUCAGCCAUCAAGUACAUGGACGAAAUUGGAACUGAAGUGAUCCACAAAUACGUAGUGGACAACAGAGGCCCCUGGCGGGUGGAUGAGCUGCAGGUGGAGGUGCAGUGGCCUCACCAGGUGGAGAAUGGGAAAGAGAAGGGCAAGUGGCUGCUCUACAUGACGGAACAUCCCAAAAUUGAUGGUGUUGGGGAGUGUGAGAUUGACCCACACCUCAUCAACCCACUCAAUCUACGACUGUCCAAGAUCUACCCAGACCACUUCACAGGGCCAGAGGUGGACCUGGAGGUUGAAUCCACAGACGACCUGAAACCCACCACCAAGUCUCCAAUUGGUGUAGUGGAUGAGUCAGGCAGCAAGGUGACCAAGGUGACAACAGAGAAGAAAGUAACGACUGUGAAGAAGACUACGAAAAAGACAACAUAUGAAAAGGCUGAAUCAUCUUCUAGUGGAUCAUCAUCGUCAUCAUCAUCAUCAUCUUCCAGUUCACAUUCCUCAUCGUCACAUUCAGGCUUCAGUGAUGGCGAGGAGGGCAGCGGUCAUGAUAUCGGUGGUCACAGCAGCAGCCGGGUGCAUGGAAGGACUCACUCUCGCGUCAGCCGGAGAGUUUACUCCUCCUCGGAUGGCUCAAAGUUCAAUGAAGCUGAAUCAGGACAUGACCCCAUCAAGGAGGGCGAAGACGAGGACGGCCGCGUCAUCACCCACUAUGAGAGGACGCACCACUCCUCUGGGAAAUCACCAGACGGCACCUCAGCCUUCGAAGAGACACACCAUGAGAGCCGAAAGGUGACAGUGAAUGAGGAGACCCACACCGACAAUGUCCCAAGUGGCAGGUGGGGCCAAGGAGGCGGGUACAGACGCACCUACACUGAGAACCGCUCUUCCACACGAAUCAAUGAUGGUGAACCUGUGGAAACUCACAGACGCUGGGAGACGCACGAGACCUUCCCCUCUGGGCGGGAUGGUGAGGAUCGUUCGGGUGAUUCUGGUUCAGACAGGAGAGAGGAAACUUACUCUUCAGGACGGGAUGGCGAGAACCGGUGGGAUGAUUCUAGUUCAGACAGGAGAGAGGAAACUUACUCUUCAGGACGGGAUGGUGAGAACCGGUGGGGUGAUUCUGGUUCAGACAGGAGAGAGGAAAAUUACUCUUCAGGACAGGAUGGCGAGAACCGGUGGGGUGAUUCUGGUUCAGACAGGAGGAGAGAGGAAAGCUGGAGAGAGCACAGCAGAACUUACACCGUUGACAGCAGUACCAGGAGGACGCACUCUGGCCAGGUAGGAGACAACGACUUCCGCAGGACUCAUGAAGGAGGAGCUGUGACGCAGAUACACGACGGCUCGUACUGGACAGAUGAUGCAAGAAGGACUAGAGUGCAGGAUCAGGAUGACACAGACAGAGACAGGUUUGGGUGGUCAGACCAGAGAGGAAGGCCAUCAUACAACAGAGGCACAGAAAGCAGGAACAGAGAAGAAACUCGCUAUGAGGAAAGAACACAUGAGACUGCUGGUUCUACUGGACGAAGGGGAGGAAGCGGCCAUCACCACGGCCCUGCUGGUGAUGGGUAUGAUAGUAGAGGAAGUGCAUCAAGCAGUCAGUGGAGUCAUACUUAUGAAGACAGAAGAUCCGGGGACAGAAGAUCCUCUGGAAGCCAAGGAUAUGAUGACAGAUGGGGUAGAACACAUGAUGACAGAUAUGCAAGUGGCCAAGGAUACAGGAGCCAUCAGGAUGGAUAUGAUGACAGAAGAUACAAUGAAGGUGAAAAUGCAAGAACUCAUCACUCGAGGGAAUAUGGGAGAGGAGGAGAGGAAGAUUACCGAGGAUCGCAGUUCGAGAGCACCUCCAGGAGGUACGAAGACAAUGACGACUGGCAGUAUAGAGACCACAGAAGACAAGGACACGAUGACUCAGGCAGAGAUGAAGCAUACAGGGGAAGUCACAGUGGUUCUACUAGACACAGAACACACGUGGAGUCUGGAACAUCCACCUGGGACUCUCGCUCCAGCUCUGGGCAGGGAAGCAGAGGUGGGUGGAGUGACAGACAGGAUGACAAUUAUGAGAGGCAUCAUGGAGGAGCUUCAUCAGACAGACACUUUAGCCAUUUGGAGACUGGUGGCCCACUGGAGAAUGGCACAUACACCAGAGUAGAAGUGGAUCCCAAGACAGGCAAGACGACAACCUACUCCAGGAAGGUCGUGUACAAGAAAUGGCCCAGCAAUUCAGACCAGUGGGGAAGAGAGAAGGAAGACUUCCCAGACUUCUCCAGUGACCAUAGGAGUGCAAGGACCAAGCGUGAGAAGGAACUGAUCAUCAAACCUCAAGCUGUAAGGGACGAAAAGACAGGGAAGACCAUGCAAGUCGUUCAUCUGCGCUGUGACGGCCCUGCCACAGCCAAGUGCUUCGUGUUCCGCUGCAACAUUCGCAACCUGGCAGCAGGAAGGACAGCAAGCAUCGAAAUCAAGUCACGGCUGUGGAAUGCAACGCUGGUGGAGGACUACCCACGCGUCAACACUGUCAGUAUCAAGUCCAGGGCAUCACUCAUCCUGCCCGCUGACCUCCGUGAAGACCAGGACCAGGAUGAUGACGUGGAUUCGGCCGAGACACGAGCCUAUCCUGACCUCCUGGACCAGCUGCCACCCGAGGAAGUGCCACUGUGGGUGAUCCUGGUGUCCAUCUUUGCCGGCCUGCUGGUGCUCAUCAUCAUUGUGCUCAUCCUAUGGAAACUUGGCUUCUUUGAAAGAAAGAGACCGGACCCGACGCUUUCAGGCAAUCUUGACAAGGACGCUAAUGGAUACUAGUUUAUUUAUUUUGUAUGUUAGUCGUGCUGGACUUGUUGUGUUCAUUCAUCUCUGAAAGUGCCAAUUUUUUAUAUUAACAGUUUCUCUCAAAGAAUUAUAGUAGGAAUUUUAAUAUAUGGCUCUAUUUCCUACACAAAAGAUAUAGGUAUAUAUAUUAUAUCAUGUAUAUUUGUAAGUGCUUUCUAGUGUCUGUCUGGAGAGUGAGCAGUCUUCCUUUAUUUUAACCGAACCUUAAUUUUUUUUGUCACAAAAACAUUAAGCUUCUCCUCCUGAAGUCGUCCUCUACAGCUACUUACCCUGUGAAGGCCAACCGACCCUCAGGCCCGUCUGGUUGUACGUGACUGCCACUAAACCUGUGUUGCUGCUGCUGUGCCAUGACUGUGAUGUUCCCGUGCCUUCAAUACUCAACAGUGAAGGCGUUAACCUAGGUGUAUGUAUACUGUACUGAAUGCCAAGAGACUUUCCUGGAGUGUUGCGUUUCAGGUAGAGUAAGUUUCUAGGAAGUGAAGUGAUGAACAAGAUUUUAUUUUCACAAGAAUAAUUAUUAUAUUAAUGCUUGACAUAGCUCCUGUACAGAUUUUUGUAACUAUUUUAUGCCGUGCUUAGAGAAGUGCUUUAUGGGAUGAGUGUGUGAUGUGUGAGAGGUGCUGCUGCUGCUGCUGUUACCUGCUAUUGCUGGAGGUGAAAGGUUUAGUGUGGGCAUCUCCUAUGUGCCAGUCUUGGGGCCUCAACACACCACUACUUGCUGCUACUCUGAAUCCUGUCUUAAUGUUGACACUAUUUUCAUGAGACACCUGUGAAUACUUGUCUCAAGUUAGCUCAUCCAGUUCCGAAAGUUUGAAUAUACACUGGUGAAAUGUAAGUAAAGUAUCUACAUUUAGUUAUCUUAGGUACCACUGUCUUUAGUAAAUUUGUAAUCAAAGUUCUCUUGAUAUUUUGACCAUCAGAUGAUGCUCAAAUUUUCAAGUGCAUAUUUGAAUCACAAGCCCUGGGGAGACUAAGACUGCAACUGACGAACUGUGAUGAAGCUAACAGUAUCUGUGAGGAAUAUUUAGAAGUGAAUGAAAAUAGGUGAGCAUAUGAGUAGUGAGAACAGCUUAAGGAUCUGAUCUGGUUAGGAAAGACAGGGAAAGUUAUAAGUGACCUUAGAAUUUAACUAAUAUGGAUGGCUGCCUCUGAUCUUGGUGUUGAGGAUCUCCAUUAGACAAAACAUGGCUGUAAAAUAACUUAUAGAAUUAGACCGGACACCAACAUAGUGCCUCUGAAAGGGAGAAGUGCCAAAGUGUCUCCCGUCAUUAAAGUGGUGAGGAGACGAGAUAGUGUGGAGGCCCCAAGGCUCAGGGAGACAGCCCACCAGUGAUGUUAUAUAAGACUUAUUUAAUUACUUAUUGAAAUGUCUAGUUUUUAUACAGGGGGAUGAUAAUAUAGCUAAUGAACUAAAAGUCAGUGUUAUUGUGUGAAUGUGGUAAUAGUAUGAUGUGAGUACCUAACCCCAAUGUGAUGAAGCCUUUAUUGAACUUACUUAUUUGGCUUAAUAAAAAGAAUUACAAAGUUUUGACCACAACACUGCUUAUGCUGCUGCUACACUUUCAGUAUUGAUACAACCAAUGCACAGUACUACAUAUUAGACAGUGCACAGCCAUUAGAUAGCUUUAAGAAAUUAGAAGUUCCAUGCAGUUUCACUUGUAUUCCUUAGAUACUUUGACAUGCAUCUGUUAUUUGAAUUUAUUUGUAUAGAAAAUGGCAAGAGUAACCACAUGAAUAGUUAAAUAAUAAAGGCUUCAUCUCAGAAGGUGUUCUGUUGUAUGUACAAAAAGAUGAUUCAUGUGUUUGCUGCCAAAGUGAUGACUGGUGAUUAGCAACAUCUUGGUGUGUGUGACAUCUUGGUGCCAACCUGACCCCAUCGUGAAGUGUGACGUGUGGAGCAGUGAGGGCAAUGGUGCUGAUCAGUGUUGGUGCUGCAGCCUCUCCUGCCUUGCUCACUCCUGUGUCCUGAAACUAGUCACAUCCAUACAGCGUCCACUUUAUGCAAAGGGAGAUCUGUCCUACUGUUCACAUUCUGUACUACCUCAAUACACCGCUGUAUUCUGGUACAUACUGAGUGGAGGAAUUUUAUAUGCAAUAGAAAUUUGUACAAGUGAAAGCAUGCUCCCAUCACAUUAGCAUCCAAGCUGUGUGUGUGUGUGUGUGUGUGUGUGUGUGUGUGUGUGUGUGUGUGUGUGUGUGUGUGUGUGUGUGUGUGUGUGUGUGUGUGUGUGUGUUUUAAAAGGAAUGAUUUAAUAAGCAGUAAUUUUAUUUUGUAAACUAAUAAGUGGUUGUUCUGCUUCAUAUUUUUUGUGUAUAUAUGUAGAUAGAUGGAGAAAAUUGGUGUUUUGUUAUGUAAUGUUUUGUUUCCCAUGGUCUGUUGCAGCAAAAGAUUCUCAUACCUUCCUGUAAUGUUUAGGAUCUCACUGGAUAUGUAUUGGGCAGAAGCUUUACCUGUGCUACCGAGCUGAUCACUGAAAUGCUGGACUCACCUUCAGAAGUAAUCAGUGUACUUAUGUUGUUUUCAUCUGCAGAAACUGAUUUUUUUGACAAGGAUGUGAAUGAAGUAAUGUGUAUAUAUGUUGAGGUCAAUGAAUGUUGUAAAUAUACAUACAAUAAAGAGAAUUCUAACUAAAAAA